CACAAACACGGGCACCUCCCUAUUUCCUCGUUCCAUCUUCUGGGGAACAGCCUUUCUUUCUGGUAGGAUUGUCGGAUUAGUCUUGGGGGCCUCUCUCUCUCUCUAUGACAACCUCAUUGCAUUUCAAAAAAAGAUAAUAGAAAGAAGAAGAGGUUUGAGCAUAGUCGGGUUUAACAGCUCUGGAUACUUACUGUAUAGACCAGCCUGCUUGCCUGCUAGUACGGUGCCUUGGUCAUUUUUAUUUUAUCUUUUUUUAUAAUUUUUUACUAUCUCCCCGAGCCUUGCGGUCGUCCGUCGAUUUCUCCGACAUUUCGUCACUCACAAAAUAUCCAAGAUGCCUGCAUACAACACGAGAAAAGUAUCGUUGAGCUUACCUAGCCUGGGAAUCGCUCUACCUGGCAGUGGCGGUAACCAUGGACAGCGCCGCACAACUCCCUCCUCCGCGACUGCCUCGCCGUCGAGCCGCCCAGCGCCAUCGUCCGCACCUGCACCGGCGACGUCAGACCAAACCAGUCAGAGUCAGGCUCGCGCGCAAAUACCUAGCAGCAAGAAGCGCAAGGCUUCAAAUGAUAGCGAAUCUCAGAGCCCGCGCCCGAGCUCGAUAGCAAAGAAACAGCAGUCGCAACCCACACUGACGCCCGUUGCCUCCCGCGAUCCUUCCGAGCCCACCCCGCCGCCUUCUCCUACGCGAUCUGUGGAGAUGGCAGAUGCCGACCCCGUUGUUGUACCGAAACCCUUCGACCUGGAUACCGUCAACGAUGAGAUCGUCGAGGCCGUCAUUAGAGUGCUUAUUAGUCAAGGGAACCGACCGCACCUGGUCAAGGAGCUUGCGACCAUUCUGAUGUUGCAACUCAGGAUAGUUCAACAGUCUGCAAACCCAUGCGCCAUUAUUUCGUCGAGGCUGUCGAGCUUCCUCAAGCGCCCCUGUUGGAGCGCCUCGACGCCAUGCCCUUUGGCCAAGGAGCUGGAGACAGUUCACCCAAGGAGAACGUACUUCUACCUUACCACAUGCCCGCACCCACCAUUUGCCGAGUGUCCAGUUUCUAUGGCUACUCCACCAAUAGUCAAGCCCCCGCGCGCCAUAAUCACACCGUCGUUAUCAAGUGGCACAUCAGCUUCGGAAGAUGCUGAAGAUAACAUGCGCCGUAGGCAGUUGAGCCCAUCCCCUGAGAUCGACUUGUCCUCGCCAGAGUUUGACGACUUUGAUGACGAGCUGCCAUCGACACCUCUGGGUUCACUGUCGUCGCGCAUGCCGCCUAGAAUGCACCACCACAGCUCAAGGCACCAUCGCGGCGCAUCUCCGCCUCUCGAGAAGGACGAGAAGGAGUUCACCCAGACGGCCAACGUGCUGCAGCAAAGGAAGAAAGCGAGCGGUCAUCUAUUGGCAACCGUACCGGUUGACGCAGUUGUGGAGACUCCCUACAACAGCCACGCACGAGAUGAAAACCUCUUUGGAGGCUACCACUCUCACCACCACAGGACUCUUUCGCCAGUCGCCCCGUUGCCAUUGAUGACAUUUUCUGUCACAAGCCCCGCCAUACGACCUUCGUUUGGGCUGAACCUCAAACGGGACGUGGAGGCCGAAAGCUGGGCGCGUCUUGACAGCAUGCUCGAGUGGGACCGCAGCCCCGAGAACAUUGAGCUUGAAGAGCUCGAUGGACUUCUUGAUUUUUAGGGGAUACCUUUGUGUAACCCUGUGUACCAUUUCAUUUAACGCUUCGGCCGAAAUGCCAAGUCGUCUAUUUAUUUCAUUCUGACUUCUUCUACACCCUCACCAACCUCCGUCCUACCGAUGUUGCGAAGGAUGCUGUACUUUUCUCUACUCUUUGUGCUUGUAUCUCGUUUAAUCUGCGACGAAAUGAAACGGUCGGAUUCUCAUGGGAAAGGUCAGGGUUAUUAUUUUUUUUUUGGUGGGCAACAGCAAGUUUGGGUGCUCUGCGUUACAAAAGCACGUGUUUUAUGUGUUUUGAUCCGUGGCUCUUUGUCCAGUGGCGCUCUCUAUCUCUCUUCUCUCUUGCCAUUGGCGUUCAGAAGGCGUCUGAUAUCCCUUGUUUUGCUGUUUGCGUCUUUACCUGCUGUUAUCGUUUUCCGCCAGUUUUUUCCCACUCUACUCAACUGUGUUACAUGGGUUUGUCAAAGGGACCUGGGCAUCAUCAACACUAACACCAUUGCGAUGUUGAUGGCAUCGGGUCCUUCUGACGGGUUCGCGCAUACUUCUCUCGGCAAUGUUUCCGUUGCUGGUUCUCGGGACCAUUGUGGUCCGAGUGGGGAUUAUUAAAAUCAGGAUAUCCACGUGGGGGUAUCCGCCUCAAACUCAGGGAUGUGACGAUUUGCAAACCGAGAGGUGUCUGGUGAAUUCUUCCAUCUUGAUUCAUUUAUUUGUUAUUUUCUGUUGGAAAUACGGGGGAAAAAAGGGCGGAAUUUCGUGGAGAGAAAACUUACAACAAAAUCUGGCGGGGCAUGCAGACAGCGAUUACUUACUUGUUUUGUUGAUGGGUGGUUGGACGGGAUGAUACCUUGUUCUUUACUCAAUAGAUGGAUUCGCUUUUUUUUUGGCCAGCAUAGAGGCGACAUGCCCUAUAUGCGCUUGCGGGGCCAGAAGAUCACUUAUUUGGAUAGACAUCUAGACGAGGAACAGGGCUAUGUAAGGCGUUGCCAGGAUGGGCGGCAUGCGCUGGUACAACCAAAGCCUUGCAACGAAGGCGCCAAUGAAAAGGAGACAAAAGGGACGGAGAAAAGUAUAAACAAAAAAUCUCAACUUUUCCAAUACCAAGCAUGCGAUCGAUCAAUUUUGUUGCCCGUGACGACGCAUGAAGUUACUAUCCACAUUUAAAACAGCAACUGA